AUGCAGUACAACUGCAUCAUAAGCGGUUCCGAUGCGACCAGACCCUGCAAUAACAACGAAGUGGAGGGCACGGUGAUACAGCCAGCUUGCAAGAAACCGCACUACUACACCCCAGUGGAACUGCCAUAUAUGGUCUGCCGACAAGGGAACUGGAAUGUCUUGCCAACUUGUAUUCCAGAAUGCGGCUUACUUACUUCGAAGAAUGCAUCAACUGGUGCAGUUGUACCCUGGCAUGCUGGCAUCUACUACAAAAAUACGACAGCCGCAACACACGAGCAUUUUUGCAGCGGUUCCCUGAUAAGUAACUCUGUUGUAGUGACUGCGGCUCACUGUUUUUGGGAUGAAAACAUUAAGGCGAUCAGGGAUGAAAAAAACUACGCAGUAGCUGUUGGAAAACUAUACAGCGAUUGGGGUAACGCUGCUGAUGAAGAGUACGCUCAGAAGUCUGACAUAAAGAAAAUCGCCGUGCCGAAGCAGUUCCGUGGCGAAGAGCCAAACUACCAGGAUGACAUCGCCGUGGUGGUGGUGUCGCCUUCCUUCGAAUACCAGUUCCACGUGCGGCCAGUGUGCCUCAAUUUCAAAUACGAAUUGUACGAAGAGCAACUGAAAAGCGGAAGCGUUGGCAAGUCUGCUGCAUGGGAUGUUUCUCCUGACAACAAAGUAUCCAACUCAAAUAGGCUGCAAGUGAUCGAUAUGCCUUUCCGUUCUCAUGACGACUGCACUACGACUUCAGCCGAGGACAAGUUCUGCGCUGGGGAUGCAAAUGGUCCAGCGUUGUGCGGAACAAAUGGCGGUAGUGGUAUCACAUUCCCCGCUACCAUCCAGAACACCACCAGGUACUACCUUCGCGGGGUAGCAUCCAUCAGGCCGACAAACGACGGGAAGCAGUGUAGCACUUUCACCACGUUCACGUCGAUCGCUAAAUACCAGAACUUGAUCAAGACGUACUGGUUCUUGUAG